CGAUCGCUCGCUCUUAGACCUGCAAGACGACGCUCUACCGUUAUUCUGAGACUGUGCUUGUCUGUUGAAAAAGGCCGAGUGACAGCUCCAGAAGUGCCUUGCGAAAACUUGCCAACCGCUCGGGGCCGAAACUCGCGUGCUUGAAGCUGCUCUGGCGGACGCCUGUUUGAGGCUGCCCGCCGUGGCUGCAUCAUGGCGACUUACCUAGGCGCCAAAGCGGGGCUCGCGGGCGCCAAGCGACCAAGCGCAACGGCGAACGCACACCUCAUGCGCCUGGGUUCGCAGUGGCGCCUCCGGUUGGAAGCUCCCAUCGCCGGUGCUCCAGCUGUGCUCCAUCCAGCACCAGUAGCACUGCAAUCCCAGCGAUUCGGGACGCUGCGUAGGCGCGGCGCCUGCGUGGCCUCGGCGGCAGCCGCAGACCCAGACCCGCAGCGCGCGGCCUCCGCCACGCCUCCGCACGCCAGCAGCACCACCCCCGGGGCCCCCCAGCCAACUCUGUCCGCACCCGCGCCUGCUGCCACGUCAGCAGCUGCGACCGUGCCGCUGCUAGACUGUGUGUUUGCCCGGGAGGAGGAGGACGACGGAGAGGACUUUGCCGGGUCGUUGCCGCCUGGUGUGCGCGUGCUCGAGGCGGCCGACAGCAUCGGAGCCGGUGUCUCCGCAACAGGGCCGGCUGCAGCUGCCCAGCCCCACGCCAAGUCGCAGUCUGUGAUCGCCAGCGGCACCAGCAGCUGCUGUGGUGGAGGGAACGGAUGCGGGGUUGCCGCCGCGGGGCCGGUCGCUCCGCGACGGGUGCCGUUUGUUGUGGCGGCGGCAUCGGUGGUGACGGAGACGCGGCCGGGGGCGGCCGGCACUGAGGAUGGAGGUGCGGCUGCAUUGGCGCCGUGGGACGAGGCAGCGGAGCAGCCGCAGGCGGUGCCUGGGGAGAAGUUUGACUGGUACCGCCAGUGGUAUCCGGUGGCGCCUCUGGACACAAUGGACCCCGCCCGCCCCCACCCCUUCACACUGCUGGGUCAGGAGCUGGUGCUGUGGCGUGACGGCGGCGGCACGUGGCGGGCCUUCCGUGACGCCUGCCCGCACCGCCUGGCGCCGCUGAGCGAGGGGCGCAUCGAGGCCGACGGCACCCUGCUGUGCGCAUACCACGGCUGGCGCUUCAAUGGCAGCGGCGGCUGCACCACCAUCCCCAACUUCACGGACGAGGCGGCACACGCCAAGGCGACCGCCAGCCGCCGCGCCUGCGCCACCGCGCACCCCACCCGCCACCUGGGCGGCCUGCUGUGGGUGUGGGGCUCGAGUGGCCCCGGGGCGGAGGCCGAGAGCGCGGCCAAGCAACCCGUGCUGCCGCCGGAGAUCCAGGAGGACGGCACGGGCGCCCCGGGCGUGGACGCCCCUGGCUGGUCCUUCCGUGACCUGCCGUACGGCCACGUGUACUUCAUUGAGAACGUGGUGGACCCGGCGCACGUGCCCGUCAGCCACCACAAGGUCGCAGGCGACCGCUACCGCGACCUCAAGAAGUCCUUCAGCAUGGAGCUCAGCAGGCCCGUGACCAAGGACGGCGGAUUCGAGGUGAGCAUCCCCAAAUCCUGGCGUUCCGACGUGCAGACCUCGUCCACCGGCUUCUACCCGCCCAGCCACGUGCGCAUCCAGCAGAACCACCACAACGGCGGCACCACCAUUCUGGCGCUGUACAGCACACCCACGGUGCCGGGCUGGACGCGCCACGUGGGCAUGCAGCUGCUCAAGAAGGCCCCGGACAGCAGCGCCAAGGGCUCUGGCAUCGCCUUCUUCGGCCUGCCGCUGCCGCGCUGGCUGGCGCACCUGGCUGGGGCGCUGUUCCUGCACCAGGAUAUGGUGUUCCUGCACCACCAGGAGCGAACCGUGGCGCGAGACCAGGCGGAGCGGCUGCAGCGGGCGGCGGCGGCAGCGGCAGCAGCCGGCAGCAGCAGCGCCGGGCAGCAGCAGCAGGGCGGCCAGCAGGGUGCUACUGCCGCUGCCGCUACUGCCGGUGCGGGCGGUGACGGCCGGAUGCUGCCGCCGCCCAAGUACUACAUGCCGACCUCCGUGGACACCGGCGUGACGGCUUGGCGCCACUGGCUGGCCACCUUCAGUGAUGGCGACGUCCCGUGGGCUCCGGGCACGCCGCCGCUGGGCCCCCGCGAGCGCGACCCGGCCAAGCUGUUCGACACGUGGCACACCCACACCUCCAAGUGCACCGUGUGCCUGGCGGCCCUGGAGCGAAUGCGCCUGGUGCGCACCGUCGCCGUCGCCGCCGCCGCCGCCGCCAUCCUGGCGGCCACCGUCACGGCGGCGGCGCGCGCCGCCGCGGCGGCGUCUGCGGCUGCAGCCGCUGCUGCUGCAGCAGGCGCGACUGCGGCGGGGGCUGCGGCGGCUGUUGGCAGCAGCGGUGGCUUGUGGGGCGCGAUCGCGGCGGCGGCGCAGGCGUUUGCGUGCGGCGAGGUGGGUGUGCUGGCGCUGGUGGCGGCGCUGGCGGCGGCUGUGGCGGCUGUGACGGUGAAGCUCGAGGCGCUCAUGCACCGAUACGACUACAACCACGCCGAUAACGUGUGAUGUCAUCACUGGAGUGCUGAGCAGGAGCUUCCAUACGGGCCAUUGCGGGCGCCCUUGGGUGGGGUAACUAACUGGGGUUGAGAGGCGGAGGAAGCCGUAACGGAGGGAAUGUAGCCAUGCGGAAGUCGUACUACGGUGUGCGAUGGGACAGUGUUAAGGCAGAUUGGUGAAGUCCCGCAGGGUGCAGCUGAUUCCCAGAUCCCAGCAGGUAGCAAACAAUGCGGAAAUCGUAGUACGGUAGGUAGUCGUAGCCGCGGGCUUGGCAGACACAGGGGCAAUGAGUGUUGGGCUUGGCCGCUUGGGCUAUGUCUGCUUUCCCCCGGGUUCGUUAGGAACACGCAUCACUUGGUUCCACACAUGCAUGAACACCCGAUGGCCGUAGCGCGUUGUUGGAGUGCGGGGAACAUGGCAAGGACAUUUAGUGGCGGUGCUCGGCAGGCAGGGACCGACCUCCUCCUGGUCCUCCCAGUGCAGGGAAGGGGGAGGCACAGCGCGGCGACGGAGGAGGCGGUGGCCGUAGCUAGCGGUCGUAGGCCGUCAUCGAAGUGUGGGGAACGGUGACGAACGUUGAGCACGGCCGCAGCAGGCCGAAGAGAGUUGCUGGAGGCAGGGUUGGAGGUGCGAUAAGAGUACGGGACAGUGUUAAGGCAGGUUGGUGAAGCCCCGUGCUGGAGGCAUAAUGGAGGAUCCGUUCCAAAAACACUUGCGGAUGGGUGGCAAUGUGCGGGAUGCGGCGGUACGGGUGCUGUGGAGACGUGUCUUAGUCGAGUGCAUG